AUGUCAAAGCCAUCACUUUUGAAAAAACUUAACCUCAAAUACCCCAUUUUCCAGUCGCCAAUGGCAGGUGUGUCGACUCCAGAAAUGGCGUCGGCUGUGGCUGCGGCUGGUGGAUUGGGUGCACUUCCCCUCGCAACAUUGGAUUUUACCCAAGAUAGUGUUACAGCUUUUGAGAAAUUGGAUAAACUAGUGGAAGCGACUGGGACCAAUGCCGUCAAUUUGAAUUUCUUUUGUCAUGAGGUUGAACUGCCACCAAGUCAAGUACAAGCAGACAACUGGAAAGCAUUGUACCGCAAUGUCAUUGCUGAUGCAAAAUUCAAACAAGUGAUUGACUCUACAAAGUUUGCCAAUGGUAACAUAUCAUUCAAGGAAAUAGAGAGGGAUCAAGAUAAGUUGGCAAAAUUAGUUGACAAAUUGAAAUCAAUCAAACCAUCAAUCAUCAGUUUCCAUUUUGGUAUCCCGUCCAACAAUAUCAUUGAUGAAUUGAAAAAGAUUGCGUUGGUUUUUGCCACUGCUACAUCGCUACAAGAAGCACGUCACUUGAAAAGUAAUGGUAUUGAUGGAAUCAUUCUUCAAGGAAUAGAGGCGGGUGGCCAUCGUGGUCAAUUCAUUGAUACUUUCCAACCACAUCUAGAUGAAGAUCUUUCAACACAGGCACUCUUCCACAAAGUUAAACAAAGCCUAGCAAAUGAUGGCAUCUAUUUGGUGCCUGCCGGAGGAAUCACGUCUCCCAAUUCAGUCAAAUAUUAUCUAAAUCAAGGUGCCGAUGCAGUUCAAAUUGGUACUGCGUUUUUAGCAACCCCCGAAUCAUCAUCAUCCAAGUUUUUCACUAAAUAUCUGGGUGAAGAAUCCACCGUAAUGACGGCUUUAGUAUCUGGUAAACCAGCUAGAUGUGUAAGGACGCCUUUUAUUGAUGAUGUCGUUCAAAAAAAUCAAUUCCCGUUGCUGGAUUUACCACCUUAUGGGUAUGCAUAUGAUGCUUAUAAGAAGCUAAAGGGGGAACUUGGUGCUAAUGGAGGUGCGGGUGAAGACAUUGGAUUCUAUUUAGCUGGACAGAACCAUUUUCAAUUGAGGAAAGGUAAACUGACCAGUGAAGUAAUGCAAGAGCUAACAAGGGAGUUAGCAUAA